AUGGCUAGUGUUAACUCUCGCUCCUUGGCCUUGACAUUUUGUGUGGUGAUUGGCAUUAUCAUGUUAUGCAACUUUUAUUGUGCCUCAGCACAAUGCGGAGGAACCCCUAUUGCUGAUCUGAUAAGCCAAUGCUCUCAGUUUGUCCAGCCAUCCGGGCCAAAGGUUAAUCCGUCGCCGGCGUGCUGCACGGCAAUGAAAGGCGCCGACAUCCCUUGCCUCUGCAAACUUGUUACGAAGGAGGUUGAGAAAAUGGUGAGCAUGGAGAAAGUGGUAUAUGUUGCUAGGACUUGUGGAAAGGAUGUUCCUGCUGGAAUGCAAUGUGGAAGUUUCCUUAUCGGUGGUGAUCGUCGAUCCUCUGCGGCGGCGGGUCGCGGCGGUGUAUCUUCACUUUCAGUUUUUCGAUUUUUGUUUUUGAUUGUCUUUGUUGACUUUCUGUAA